CCACCCAUACAAUAACAAACAGAAUGUAAACAAACGGUCCGGCACUUGGGAAAUAAGUGCAGUUUUUAUACAUAAAACAUAUUCGAAGAAAAGAAACGUCCUACAAAACGAUUCAUCAUUAUGUAUCUCAACCUAAACAUCGGCCUACUCGGCCAUGUGGAUUCGGGCAAGACAACGUUAGCUAAAUCGCUGAGUGCUAUCGCCAGUACGGCCGCCUUCGAUAAAAAUCCACAAUCCCAGGAGCGUGGUAUAACGCUCGAUCUCGGAUUCAGUGCACUGCAGGUCGAACUGCCUGACCGUAUGAGGGAGCAAUGUACCGCGCAGGGGUACGCAAAGCUUCAGUACACGUUCGUCGACUGUCCCGGGCAUGCCAGCCUGAUACGCACCAUCAUCGGAGGUGCGCAGAUAAUCGACCUGAUGCUGCUCGUGAUCGACUCGGAGAAAGGAAUCCAACCACAGACGGCCGAAUGUCUUAUAAUCGGCGAACUAACGUGCCGGAAGCUGAUUGUGGUGCUGAACAAAAUAGAUACACUGCGCGAACCGGGCCAGCGGAAGAAAACGUUGGAUCGGCUAAGGAAGGGUAUUGCCGGCGUUCUUUCAAAGAUGGCUUUCGAUGAAGCACCCAUCGUGGCCAUUUCCGCUACCACCGGUGAAAACAUUUCCGAGCUGGUGGAAGCAAUGCAAUCGAAAGCUUUCGUUCCCCAACGGAAUCUGGGCCUACCGUUCCUGUUUGCGGUCGAUCAUUGCUUCGCCAUCAAAGGCCAGGGUACCGUCUGUACCGGGACGGUAUUGCAGGGGGUGUUAAACGUAAACGAUGAGGUUGAAAUACCGAAGCUGAAGCUGCAACGGAAAGUCAAAUCGAUACAGAUGUUUCGGCAAAGCUAUCGAACCAUUCGGCAGGGCGAUCGGGCCGGCAUUUGCAUUACCCAGUUCGAUCCGAAAUCGUUAGAGCGUGGCAUUGUGUGCGCUUCGAAUUAUGUGCAUUGCGUGUACGCGGCAAUAGUGCGAUUGUGUAGCGUAAAGUACUACAAACGACCUAUAAAAUCUAAAGCGAAAUUUCACAUCACCUGCGGCUAUGAGACGGUCGUGGCGACGAUCCUGCUAUUUAGAGGAGCAGACGAGUCGCCCUUUUCCCAUGCCCAACAGUACGAGUUCGUGGAGGAAAUAGCAAACGAUCAACCACAGCAGCACGGAAGCGUGUAUGCGCUGCUAGAGUUUGAAACGCCAGUUUUAGCUUUCCAAAAUGCGCUCAUCAUUGGUUCGAAGCUGGACAGUGACGCGCAUGCUGCGGGCGAUUGCAGAAUAGCUUUUUCGGGACGAUUGUCGCAUAUCAUACGUGACGGUAGGUAUACGGAAACGAUACUACCGGAGCUACAAAUAUACAAACACAAAGCGAAAACUGGUACAAUCCAAAGGGUGGUGAACGAGCACGAGUUGAUAGCGGUGGGACUGUUUAAAAAAUCGGCCAACAAUCGUGAAGCUUUCGUUGGGCUGGGUAUCAGUUUGUCCAGCGGGGAACGUGGCAUCAUUCAGGACACGUUCGGUGCCAGUGGGAAGGUAAAGCUACACUUUCCGGAACCGGUUGCACCGGACGUGUUGAAGCGAAUAGGACAAAAAGGAUCGGCACCGACCGGCGAAGAGGUGAAGGUUGAGCUUAAGUUUAAAAAGUUCCUGUUCCGCAAAAAUGCUAAGAUUCAAAAAAUUUUACAAUAAAUCUAACUUGUUGAUUUAAUAGGGAA